AUGGUAAAAAUUAACAAAGUUUCAAACUCGUCUUCGGACAGGAGUAGUAGAUAUGAGAAAAAGUGUAUUUCAUCUAAAUCAAGAGGCAGCAGCUAUAAGGAGGAAAAGAAUGUUGCUGUUGAUAAGAAGAAGCGUGAAAGCAUUUUGUGUGAUGGAAAUGAGAAUGUGAGAAGCAGUUCUUGGAAAACGAACAGCGCAAAAAGAAUUAAAGUUUUAGAUAAUCAAAUUGUGAAUAUUAAAGUAAACAAGGAAUGCUCAAAGCACAAUGUUACUGGGUUAAUAUCAAAGCCAACGCUGCUGAAAGAAAAAGUGCAGGAUGGAAAAAUUACAUCAAUGCCACAUUCUAUAGCAAGUAAGCCCCAGGAAAAUCCAAACAGAAAAAUGACUUUGUCUGAAAGACAACAGGAAAAUCUAACAAAAUUAAUAUUCUGCAAAUCUGAACGCACAAAAGUCUAUUCUGGGCAGAAAAAAAUGGUAGAAAGUACUAAUGUACCUACUCUCUUCGGUCUAUGCACUAAUGUGAUUCAAAAGAAUUUAGAAUUACUAAACAACAUCACUGGAGUACCGUAUUCCCUGAUCAAGCCAAUCCUGGAGAAAAUGACACCAGAACAGUUGCUCAAAGUGGAAUGCCAAAAGCCAUACAUUAGGAAGGAAUCCAGUGAGCUUUGGAAAUUUCACGUGCAGAAGCAUUUCCAGGAUGAAAGAAAAGGCGUUAUGGAGUCAUGGAGGGAAAUGUACAUGAGAUGCAAGAACGAACGGGAAAGGAAGUUAAAAGACGUAAUGAAAAUUGUCAAGCGGUCUCAGGAUAAUUGCGUUCCGGUAAGACAAAUAAAUAUGGCAUAUGUUGACACUAAGUUGAAGCCACCACCAAAUGUCGCCAGGAUUCAGUCCAAAAACAAGAAGAUUGUUCAUUUCAAGACACCCUUAAUUACCCCGUCAAUGAGAAUGCAUGCAUUAGAAACAACAUGCACUCUGGGAAAUAUUUCGCUACCCAAUGAAAAUAUAAGAAGAAGAAUUGUUAAUAGCACUCCCAAGGCUUCACUCCCGUCCAAAAAGGCUCCACUUUUGGCGAAGUCAAUGCAGAUGAUGAAGAUGAUAAAGAUGAGGAUGAAAAGAUAA